GGGGGGGGGGGGGCUUGGAUGUGGUUCUUUCUUUUUCCUUUUCUUCUGCAAAAAGACGAUUGUCAUGUUGGGGGUUAGGGCGGGAGUGGGAAAAGGGAUGAUCUCCUUUUUUUCCCUCUCUUGCCGUUUGAUAUAUUUUUUUUUACCUUUGGUUGUUUUUUUUGCAUCCUGUUCGUUCAAUUGUGUCCUGUCCUGGUCCUGUCCUUUCCGGUGUGGGGAAACGUUCAAUACCUCGGAUAGAUGGAUGGAUGGGUUUGUUUUGAGUAGUAACUUUUUUGUUCUAUUCUGUUUCUGUUUCUGUUCUGUUCCUUCGUUGCAUAUAACCUUUUUGUUGUUGUCUUGGUGAUGAUCCGAUCGGGUGGGAUUGGUGCUUUAGUUGAUUGGUUGGUAUGGUAGCAAGUGGUAGCAGUGGUAGCAGUGGUAGCAGUGGUAGC